UGUGCUUUAAAUUGGCAAAUCUUAAUGAUCGUUACAUGAAGCACGGUCUUGAAUCUGGACUUUGAAUGCUCCCGCCUACAAACACGAAUUGGAGAAUCAUAAACUUGAGUUUAGAAGGUGAACCUUCCCGCCCUUGACACUGAAUAAGAGAUGCAAAUUUGGUGAGAUUGUGGACAGUAUAGAGUCUCCCCACUAUGUUAUCGUUGGUCGAAGGAGAAGUUCGAUCUUUUCAUUAGCCUCCACAAUCUUGGUUCAGUCAGAGCUCCCAUGGUCUCGAGAACUUCCGAGCGUAGAGAUUUCUUCUUUUGUGUAUCGUUCCGCUUGGUGACCCUGUGAUCGCCUAGUUGAUACUGGCAGAUCUCAGAGGUUCCGUGACUGUUGUGGUCUUUUCGAGUUCUUAUUUUUCACGUUCAUAUGUGUCAAGAAGAGCGCAUUUUAAGCCGCGCUUCUUUCGUAUGUGUCAGUGGUUGAAGUAGUUGUAUUGUCGAGGCGAUCUUAGGAUUGGCGUUGUGAAAGAAUAUUUGGUUGAACAUCCGUUGUAGCUUUUGAUUUCUAGUUUCAAGAGGUUCUUCAGUCUCGAAUUUCGAAAGCGGAACCUUCUAGUCUAUCGAAGAUACAUGGGAGUCUCAUGCAGAACAUGUUAGCAUACGAGGACUUUGUGAUACGUGGCACACUACUCAAAGUCCAGAUUUCUUGGAAUUGCGUACUUUUCUGGUGGAAUUCCCAUUCGUCUACAACGAACAGGAAGAGGUUAUUCCGCGAAAAUAUCUCAGUGAUCUGUAUAGUGAGUCUAUAGAGUGACCUCUCUGCUUGAGAUUUUCAGGUUAAGUUUGUGAUGCAAUGGAUGCCUGGACGCCUAGGAGAAGAGCAUGCUCCGAGAUGAUUUUACAUGGCUCGGAAGCAAGAUCUACGAGAUCCAAGACCUCUUCAUCAUCAUUUGAUGCGCUUGAAGGAAAUGCUACGAUUUGGACAUCAGAAAAAGGAAAGAACUUCCUUUGGAGGGACAAGGAAAAUGUGGAGACUGCAACUACGUUUCCAGAAUCUACGCGAGAAGAUCCGGAUCCUUUGUUACGAACAAGCCUUUCUUCACCAAAAAAGCUGAAGUAUUCGAGAAGAAGACUUGAUAGCUUGGAUAGUCAUCGACUUCAUUCUGAAGUGCAUACCUUGAACGGAAAGAGUGCCACUAGCUGCAUCAAUGACUCAGAACGGGAGCUCUUGGGUGAAAGGCAAAAUGGUAGCCGAAAUGGUGGGAAGGUACAGUCUGUUAUGAAGGGAAUCGACUGCAAUAUGUCAAGUGAUCAAAGGAUGUUCAUUUCAUGCAAUUUUCUUCCACCAGCUGUGAAAAUGGACGAAGCUAGAAGAAGAUGGCCUCAUCGAUACAAGAAUAAAGAUGAAGCAAAGAUUUCAGACGGGGAGGAUACAGCAAUAUUUGUUGCAAACGACAGGAAUUUCAGAUCGAAAGAGACUGAGCUGGAAUACGUCAAUCAUUACUCGAAGGCCAAUGUUGAUGGCCAUUUUUUUAAUUUGGAUGACUGUGUUCAUUUGAAUGCCGAGCCUGGGAGCAGCAAGAAGGAUCAUGUAGCAAGAAUUCUGGAACUGUUUGAAACUUCAGACAAGACAUGCUGGUGCAGACUUCAGUGGUUCUAUCGGCCAGAGGACACUGUUCUGGCUAAAAGUGGAUCACUUGUGGAGGAUGCGGGAGAGCUACAUGAAAACUUGUUAUUUUACUCUAGUUUCGAGUCAGACGAAUUGUUAGAAUGCCUCUUAAGUAAAGCAAGAGUGUUGCACUUGGAUCUGAGAUUUCAACAUUUGAAUUGGGUAUUUCCCAAAAAGAUCUACUUUUACACGAUGGGAUACAAAGAAGAGUACUCGACCUUUUAUGCAUUGCCUGAAGAUAAGCAGAGCAAAGGAAUGGUUGCAGAAGACAGAUCCAGGGAACCGUUGUUGCUAGAUCUAUAUUGUGGAUGUGGAGGUAUGUCCACUGGCUUGUGUAUGGGAGCACGCUUGAGACAAGUCAAAAUGCAAACGCAAUGGGCCGUGGACAUAAAUAAAAGUUCAUGCAAGAGCAUCAAAUUUAACGAUCCGAAGACACAGGUCUAUAAUUGUCAAGCUGAAUGCUUUUUAUCGCUUAUUAAAAAAUGGGAUGAGCUCUGCGAAAGAUUUCCCGAAGAUGAACAAGUUCAUUUGGGUUCCAACACUGAGGAUGAAGACAGCGAAGAAGAGGAUUCUAAACCUCAAACUUUUGAAGUUCAAGAUAUUCUUGCCAUACGAUGGUCCAAAAGAGGGAAGAGUCGGGAGAACACGAUAGGACACAUCCAAUUCAAGGUGAAGUGGAAGGGAUACAAAAAACCACAAGAUGAUACGUGGGAGCCGGAAGAGAAUCUGAAAAAUUGCUCAGACAUCUUGAAGAGAUUUAUUUUGUCCGGGAGAGCAAGAAAAAUAUUACCUCGACCUGGAGAAUGUGACGUGAUAUGCGGUGGUCCCCCUUGUCAAGGCGUGUCUGGCAAGAACCUGCAUCGUGAUACAGAGAAGCCUCUUCGCUGUGGGAAGAACAAACAAGUCAUUACGUACAUGGACAUCGUUGAAUUCCUCAAACCGAGAUUCAUGAUUAUGGAGAAUGUCGUAGACAUUCUUCGAUUUGGCGAUGGAGUUGUUGGAAGAUAUGCAUUAACCAGAUUAGUGAAAAUGAACUAUCAGGCCAAGCUUGGUUUAAUGGCAGCUGGAAGGUACGGAGUUCCUCAAUAUCGUCAGAGAGUGUUUCUAUGGGGAGCUGCUAAAGCUGAGGUGCUGCCUGCAUUUCCCUUGCCAACACACGACGUGGAGAAGGUGCGAAUGGGUGUCCCCGCCGACUUGACGAAAAAUCUUGUGUGGUUUGGAGAUAAAAUACCCAGGCUUCGAAGACAUAUCACUUUGAAGGAUGCUUUGACCGAUUUACCGCCGAUUGAUAAUUUUGAGCAAAGAGAAGAAAUGGAUUAUCUGACUCCACCAACAAACCCUUUUCAAAGGUUAUUGCGAAAGCCUCAGUAUGAGCUUCAACUUGAGACCAAGCCUCGAAAAUGGAAGGCAGUAAAAGUCUUGGAUCAUCGUCCCCUCAAACUAAAUGAAGACGAUCUUGAAAGGACAUGCCUUAUUCCUAGAAGAAAGGGUUCAAGCUUCCGUGACUUGCCCGGAGUUAAGAUUUUGCCGGAUGGAACACACGAGAUUGAGAGAGAAAACAGACAAACGUGCAAAUCUGGCAAACCACUGGUACCGGAGUAUGCUCUCACAUGGAAAGCAAAGAAGAACAAACAGUCAUUCGGUCGCCUGUGGUGGGAUGAGACAGUAGGCACAGUCUGCACUGGAGCGUCUCCUCAUGGUCAGCGCCUUUUGCACCCAGAUCAAGAUCGGACUCUUUCAGUAAGAGAAUGCGCGCGCUUACAAGGGUUUCCGGACUAUUACAAAUUCUGUGGUUCUGUUGAAGACAGGUACGUCCAGGUUGGCAACGCUGUGUCUGUACCCAUAGCCCGAGCAUUGGGUUACUGCCUCGCAGAAGCUUUAGUUCAUCAAGGUAAAGAGGAGAUUGAAGCAGUCACUAGCCUUCCGGAUGAUUUUCCGAAUCACAAUCGUGAGGAAUCUUUGAGAUGAAACACUAUCGUAAAUAGAAACUGAUAGCAUUUUUCAUAUAGUUUGCUAUAUUACGCAAUAUUAAAAAGGAUUCAAUGAAGAUAAUCGAUAUGAAAUAUUAGAAAUAUAAUUACUGUACUACCAUCUCGACAUAAGACAAAGUCGUUAAAAGCCACAUGAAUUUUGU